AAUAGAUUUUUUACUAGCACUAAUUUACAAAAUUAAUCAUUAAUAUUUUUUACGUAGUUUGUAUGACUUUUUAUUAAUGGGUUCUUGAUUAUUCAAUAAAUAUCUUCAAAGUAUCCAAGGAAACAGAAUUAUCCAAGGAAACAGUUUAUAGGAACACUUCUAUAUUGUAGAAAUAAAAUUUCUAUUUGCAGAAAAAUGUCAGAAGAAUAUGAAUACAUAUUGCAACCUUGGGAGAUCGAAAGUUAUAUCGAAAAUUUAGAAAUAUCUGAUCUAGAAGAUAUUGGUAAAACAUCAUGGUUUGAAUACCAUAAAAAACUCAUGCAUUUGAAUCAACAAAGUAUCCUAGAUAUCAGUCACAUGCAUGAUGAAGCUGUUAAAGAAUGGUUUGUUACUUUUCAAAAAAUUCCUAUUUUAAUUCAUGAAGCAAUACAAAUAUCAAUUUGGAAACAGAAAAUAUUCCCAUAUUUAAUCGAAUCAAACAAAGAGUUAUCCAAUACUUUUAUGAUUUAUAGUAUCUUGUAUCAUGAAAACAUUGCAGUGUCUCUUAUGGAAAAUAUUUUAUUUCAUUCUGAUAGCAUUGAGUCUAUGGAUGAUUCUACUCUAGACCUCAUUGAUUAUGCUGUUAGCUAUCUAACAUCUAUUAUUUUUCCUAAAACAAAAACAAAUGUACAAAGGCCUGAUAAUUCAUGGACUACAGAGAUAUUAAUUAAAAAAGAUGAAAUUGAAUUUGAUAUUAGUAUUAAAUGUAUUGCAAUCAUAGGGUAUCUUGCAACUCGUUCUGAUAAUUUACCAUUAGCUUUUUUGAAGCGAUUGCUAUCAACCCAUGAUGUACCAUAUUUAUUUACUCAGUUAAUUGAAAAGAAGCCUUGGAUUAAAGUUAUUAAUGGAGAGAGAAUGAUAUAUACAUCAAAAUGGGAUAGAGUAACAAAAGGAGAAGAAGACAAGAUAAGUAAAAUAGAAGGACAGAUUUGGAUUUGUUUGAGAGGAUUACUUUUGAACCCUAAAUGUGCUCCUUAUUAUCAAAUUACUCAGUUUAGAAUAUCGGAAUUGACAAAAUUGCAAAAAUAUUUACAUGAAAAAGUUCUUGAUCAAAUUUCUCCUUUAAUUGAUCUACGACGAUGGUUAAGCUAUUUAAAUAUUUCUUCACAGCCUUCAGAAACUAAACCUACGAUUUGUGUUGAACUUAUUCCACAGAUUCAAGCAACUAUCUUAGAAAAGUAUAAAAAACAGUGGAAAAAAUUAGCUGAUACACAACUUCAGCUCUUUCAUAGUAAGGAUAUGAAUUACGUAAAAGAAACAGCACAAGUUCUAAGUGAUGCUUAUGAUGUAGAUAAAAUCAUUUUUGAAGAGAAAGAUAAAUGUGCUUUGUGCAAAGAAGUUGCUUCUAAACGAUGUUCAAAAUGUAAAAGUGUUUGGUAUUGUGGGAGAGCAUGUCAAGUUAAAGAUUGGAAUACUCAUAAAAAAAUUUGCGAACAAUUAGUAAAGAAAAUGGGAGAUGCUGAGAAAUGAAAUUUCACUUCUACAAAAAUAAUUAUACAAUUAAAUAAAAUUUUGUUGUUUUAUUAAAAUUAUCUUAGUGUACAGAAUUUUGCUUUAAAUAUUCCAUCAAGAUAUCUUUAGCAGGAGUCUCAUCGCCGAAAUCCUGGAAUAAAUUCAUUUUUUUUAGACAAAAUGCUACAUUAUUUAGAAAUUUUAGAUUUAAAUACAAAAACUAUGUCAGACAAGGCUUUCUCAGCAUGGUUUUAUUGGGUUCAUUUCAGUAGAGGGAGCCUAGAUUCUCAUCAUAUAAAUUGAAUAAAAUAAGUAUAAUUAAAA